AUGACAUGCCCUCGCAAUGUAACUCCGAACUCGUACGCGGAGCCCUUGGCUGCGCCGGGAGGAGGAGAGCGCUAUAACCGUAACGCAGGAAUGUAUAUGCAAUCUGGGAGUGACUUCAACUGCGGGGUGAUGAGGGGCUGCGGGCUGGCGCCCUCUCUCUCCAAGAGGGACGAGGGAGGCAGCCCAAACCUGGCCCUCAACACCUACCCGUCCUACCUCUCGCAGCUGGACUCCUGGGGCGACCCCAAAGCCGCCUACCGCCUGGAACAACCUGUUGGCAGGCCUCUGUCCUCCUGUUCCUACCCACCUAGUGUCAAGGAGGAGAAUGUCUGCUGCAUGUACAGUGCAGAGAAGCGGGCGAAAAGUGGCCCCGAGGCAGCUCUCUACUCCCACCCCCUGCCGGAGUCUUGCCUUGGGGAGCACGAGGUACCUGUACCCAGCUACUACCGCGCCAGCCCGAGCUACUCGGCGCUGGACAAAACGCCCCACUGUGCUGGGGCCAACGAGUUCGAAGCCCCUUUUGAGCAGCGGGCCAGUCUCAAUCCGCGCACCGAACAUCUGGAAUCGCCUCAGCUUGGGGGCAAAGUGAGUUUUCCUGAGACCCCCAAGUCCGACAGCCAGACCCCCAGUCCUAACGAGAUCAAGACGGAGCAAAGCCUGGCUGGCCCAAAAGCUAGCCCCUCUGAGAGCGAGAAGGAACCGGCCAAGACCGCAGACUCGAGCCCAGACACCUCGGAUAACGAAGCUAAAGAGGAGAUAAAGGCAGAAAACACCACAGGAAAUUGGCUGACAGCAAAGAGCGGAAGGAAGAAGAGGUGCCCCUAUACUAAACACCAGACGCUGGAAUUGGAGAAAGAAUUUCUGUUCAAUAUGUAUUUGACGCGAGAGCGCCGCCUGGAGAUUAGCAAGACCAUUAACCUUACAGACAGACAAGUCAAAAUCUGGUUUCAAAAUCGCAGAAUGAAACUCAAGAAAAUGAACCGAGAGAAUCGGAUCCGGGAACUGACCUCCAAUUUUAAUUUCACCUGA